CCUCGCGUCCCUUUCGCCCCGGCGGCGUGAAGCGGAGCUGACGCGUCUCCUGCUCGGAGGAUGGCCGAUUUCCGCGCUUUAGGGUUAGCCCCCUGGCUGGCGGCGCAGGCGGAGCAGCUGGGCCUGUCGAGGCCCACCCCGGUGCAGGAAGCGUGUAUCCCUCCCGCGCUGCAAGGUCGCGACUGCAUGGGCUGUGCCAAAACAGGAAGUGGCAAGACAGCUGCCUUUGUGCUGCCCAUCCUGCAGAAACUUUCUGAAGAUCCUUUUGGCAUCUUCUCCCUGGUGUUGACACCAACAAGAGAACUGGCCUAUCAGAUUGCUGAGCAGUUCCGUGUCCUUGGGAAGCCUCUGGGUUUAAAGGAUUGCAUCAUUGUCGGGGGAAUGGACAUGGUCUCGCAAGCUCUGGAACUCUCUCGGAAGCCUCAUGUUGUCAUUGCUACUCCUGGCCGCCUGGCUGAUCACCUACGGAGCUCCAGUACCUUCAGUCUUCGAAACAUCAAGUUCUUGGUCCUGGAUGAAGCUGACCGGUUGCUAGAACAAGGCUGCACCGACUUUACCAAAGACCUGGAGGUCAUCCUGGCUGCCGUUCCAGCCAACAGACAGACAAUGCUCUUCAGUGCCACCCUGACAGAUACCCUGAAUGAGCUCAAGAAGAUUGCAAUGAACAAGCCUUUCUUCUGGGAAUCCACCUCUGAGGUACGGACGGUGGAGCAGCUUGACCAGCGCUACCUGCUGGUGCCUGAGAAGGUCAAAGACACUUACUUGGUCCACCUUGUGCAAACUUUCCAAGAUGAACAUGAGGACUGGUCCAUCAUCAUCUUCACCAACACUUGCAAGACCUGCCAAAUUCUCAACAUGAUGCUCAGGAAGUUCAACUUCCCAUCGGUGGCUCUCCACUCAAUGAUGAAACAGAAACAACGUUUUGCAGCACUGGCAAAGUUCAAAUCGAGUGUCUUUAAGAUCUUAAUAGCUACUGAUGUGGCUGCCAGGGGGCUCGACAUUCCCACCGUCCAAGUGGUCAUCAACCACAACACACCUGGACUCCCCAAAAUCUACAUCCAUAGGGUGGGCCGGACAGCCCGGGCCGGUCGGCAUGGCAUUGCCAUCACUCUGGUGACCCAGUACGAUAUCCAUCUCGUCCAUGCGAUUGAGGAACAGAUCAAAAUGAAGCUUCAGGAGUUUUCCGUGGAGGAACAAACCGUGCUGAAAAUUCUCACCCAAGUGAAUGUGGUGCGACGGGAAUGUGAGAUUAGACUGGAGGCAACUGAUUUUGAUGAGAAGAAGGAAAUAAAUAAGCGGAAGCAGAUGAUCCUGGAAGGAAAGGACCCUGAUCUAGAGAUGCAGCGUAAGGCUGAGCUGGCCAAGAUUAAGAAGAAGAAGGUCAAGUUCCAGAGCCAAGUCCAGCGGAGUCUGUGCGAGAGGCAGCGGCGGCAGCUUCAGCACAGGCUGGAAAAACGGCUGUGGCGGAAGCAGACGGCAGUGGCGAAGUGAGGCGGCCUGUCCUCCUGCCUUGGUGGCAAAGGACCCUUUGUGGGGAACUCUCCCCCCUGCAACCGGGCUACCUCUAUCCUAGAAAUCCACCUUGCACAAAGGGGGAGGACAUUUCUUGUGACACUGGCCUUUAUGUGGAUGGAACCGAGGCAUCAGGUGGAGGGGCACCUUGAAGGACUGAGAAAAGAAUAUGACUAGCAAAGGAGGGUCUGAGAAGUUGCUUGGCCAUCUAGAGGUGGAGACCAAGGAUAUCCUCCUUGUGGCUCUCUUCUUCCUCCAAAGCCAAGGCUUUCAGUUGGGUUGGGCCCUUGGGGACAGCCUCUCUUUCCAAAUAAGGGCUGCGUCAUAAGAUCGUUGUCUUGUCUUGCAGCCAACAGCUUUCAAGUGUCAUCACACAGUCCUGCCACCGAGCAAAGGCUGGUGUUCAGUGGGUGAUCCUUUGGAUGGACGCAGGCCCUGAUUUUGGAGGGCACCAGAAUCUCAUUGUCGUGCCAGGCACGUGCUUGCUAGUAAACCAUGUGCUUUUAAUAAAUUACACUCUCUGAUGAGGGAAAAAAAUCA